AUGGCGGAGGAACAGACGCAACAAUCAUUAGAUACGGAAGCACCACCACCCUCUCCAACUCUUUCCGAGGAGUUUGGCGGCGACUUCAUCAUCUACAACCGGCCGCCUAUCAAGGAAGUCUGCCUCGCUUUCCUCCUGCUGGCGCUUGGAGCCUUAGGGAUCAUUGUGGGAUCAUGGAUGACGUACCACAAAGUUUGGGGAGAUCGCUCACACGGAAUUUCCUUUAUUAUAUUGGGCAUUCUACUCUUCAUACCAGGCGACACGGCCGGCGCGGCGUUUCUUCUAGAAGAUGUGACUCUAUCGGCGGGAGAUCGCGACCUGCUCUCGUUAGUGUCAUGGCGGGUGAUGCCGGGGGAUCGAGUCGGCUUGGUGGGGUCAAACGGGUGCGGCAAGUCAACGCUGCUGCGCGCUCUGAUUGGUCGACAGCUGGUGGACGGCGGGAGGGUGAUUGUAUCGCGAGGAUCGCGUAUCGACUACCUGGAACAAACUGCGGUGUCAGGAUCACGGAGGAGCGUGUGGGAGGAGGCGAGCUCGCGCAUGGAUGCUCUAAAUAAAGCAGAGGCUGACAUGCAUUCAGCCGAGGCUGAGCUGACAGAUAGCGAGGAUGAAGCUGAGCUGGCGGGUGGUUCGAGUGACGUGGCGGGGGAGAGGGAGAGGGCGAGGGCGAUGGAGCAGGCUGCUAUCCGAUUCGUCGAGGCGCAGAUGCGAUUCGAUGCGAUUGGAGGGGCGAAGAAGGACGAGAUUGUUUCGAGUGUGCUCAAAGGUCUCGGGUUCGAUUCCUCCAACUGGCACAAUCCCUGCGACUCCUUCUCGGGGGGCUGGCAGAUGAGAAUCGCCCUGGCCAGGCUGCUUCUGGGGCAGGCGUCAGCUUCAGCAGCAGGGCAGGGGAGCAGGUCGCUACUGCUGCUGGACGAGCCUACGAACCAUUUGGAUGCCGCUGCUAGGGCAUGGCUGGCGGAGUACUUGUGUCGGGUGCAAGCAGCCCUGGUCGUUGUCAGUCACGAUCAAACCCUCCUGGACCGAAUCUGCCAGAAGAUCGUUGAAGUGCGGGGCUCCCAGCUGCACCACUACUCCUGCUCCUUCUCCAAGUUCCUGGUUGAGAGGGAGGAGCGAAGGAGGCAGAGGGAGAGGGAGUUGGAGGGGAAGCGGGGGGAGAUGGCGAAGCUGGAGGGGUUUAUCAAUAGGUUUGGGGCUAAAGCUACCAAGGCUGCUGCGGCGAAUUCAAAGAAGAAAGCCCUUGAGAAGAUUCGAGCGACUAUGCCUGAUGAUGAUGAAGAGGAGGCAGCCUUUGCCAGUGACGCGGGAGGGGACCGAAGGAAGGUGGCUGUGAGGUUCCCCCCGCCUCCCCCCUGCUCACGCGAAGUCAUCAUGCUUCGACGCGCUGCGGUUGGCUGGGCUGGUGCCACGUCACCUCUGAUUGAACACGUCAGCUUCAGCAUUGAGACCGCCACGAGAACCUUAAUAGUUGGUCCAAAUGGAGCGGGCAAGUCAACUCUUCUCAAGGCCAUGGCUGCAGGGGAAGGCGCAGAGCUGAUGGCAGGAGAGAGGGAGACGGGCGAGGGGGCGAGCUUAGGCGUGUUCUCGCAGGACCUGGCGCAGGACUUGCCUCAGGACGUGACGGCUCUGGACUAUGUGCUCAGUGUCGCACGGGAGCACAACCCUCUGGUAACCAACGAGCAAGGCCGUACCGCCCUGGGAACUCUCGGCCUAUCCGGCCCCGCGGCUUUGCGGCCGAUCUCAGCGCUGUCGGGAGGGGAGAAGGCGCGGGCGGCGUUGGGUGGACUGUUGCUGCGGCCGCACAACGCGCUGCUAUUGGACGAGCCGUCCAACCAUCUGGAUAGGACAACAAUGAUGGCCUUGGCCUCGGGAUUACAGCAGUUCAAAGGUGCGGUGGUGGUGGUAUCCCACGAUCACGACUUCUGCGAGCUCUUCCAGCCCACGCAGCUCAUUCGCGUCGACGGCUCUGGGAGCUGCGUCUUUGAGCUGCUCCCUCAAGAUGUGACUGCAGGGGAGAGUGACAAUGCCGGUGCCAAUGGUGGUGGUCGUGCUGCUGCUGCUGCGCCUGCUGCCGCUGGUGGCAAGCUGCCGGGUUUGGCAGGGAUGGGGGGCCUGGGAGGAGGGGGAGGAAAGAAAGGGAGGGGAGGUGAGGUGGGGGGAAAUGGAGCAGCCUCGCAGGCGUUUCAACAGAGUGUGGAGGAGGUGAAGAAGGUGAAGAAAAAGCUGCAGCAGGUACGCACCAAGAUAAAACAAACACUCGCCACUUUGGAGAAGGGGGAUGCAGCCAUUGCAUCGUAUGAUGGGGCGAUGCUGGAAUCUGGGAGUGAUGUGGAACGAGUGACAAAAAUCCAGAAGAUGAAGGAUGCUGCUCUGGUGAAAAUGACAGAGCUAGAGCAAGAGUGGGAGGAGUUGGAGGAGUCGGCUACACGACUGCAAGGGAGGUUGGAUUCACUCGAGCCAUCGAAUUAG